AUGGACCAGGACUUGGAAGUGUUAUGGCGGAAGUUCUCGCUCACAGAGGAUGAACAGGAUGUGGUCGAACUGGAGACCCCAAAGCAACCAGACAACUCAGUUGCGAAAUACAAAAGAUGUGUGGUGGGAAGACUUCUUUCGGGGAAACCGUUCAAUGCAAAAGCUCUCCACAAAGCCAUGACCGGAGCUUGGAGAGUCAAUGGUAGUUUUGAUGUUACAGAUAUUGGUAAAGGGAUGUUUAUUUGCGAAUUCAAGAAUGUCUGGGAUAGAAAUAAAGUUCUUAGGGAGGCCCCAUGGCACUAUGAUCGCCAACUAAUUGUGCUAUCAGAGAUCAAAGGAGAUGAACAGCCCUCCACUAUGAAACUAAACAACUCACCCUUUUGGGUUAGGCUCUGCAACAUUCCGCUCAACUGCAGGGACCGAGAUAGUGUCCUCCGCAUUGGAGAGCGAGUGGGGCCAGUAAUGGAGGUUAGGGAGGAGGACUUGGAAUCAUGGGGAAAGCAUGUUAGGGUGCGUAUUAUGGUAGACAUUACCCGUCCGCUUAAGAGAGGGGUUAUGGUCCGCAAUAACAGAGGUGAAAAGGUUUGGGUUUUCUUUCGAUUUGAAAAACUACCAAACUAUUGCUACUGGUGUGGAAUGCUCGGGCACAUCCAUGAUGACUGUGAGAUAAUGCCGGAAGACAUUGAAGCAAAGGAUUGGCCUUAUAGUCCUGCCCUCCGUGCUUCACCCUUUAAGAGGGCAGUUGUGUCCCGAUCGAGUUCGGAGAGGGAAAAAUAUACUUCUGAAACAGAUAAUGAGGUUGGAGAUACAGGCCCCCCUACACGAAGAACCUUAGAUAUGGAUGAGGAAGGAGUAGUGAUGGGAGCAAUUGCUAAACUGGAUUUAGGGCCAGCGAAUGGGAGAUCUAUUGCUGUGGAGGGGAGCUCUGGUAAUGCGUUAGGGGAUGCAGAGGAGGAGAAUUCUGGUACAGGGGUGUCUGCAGGCUCUAAUGAAAUUAGUUCAAAGCUACCUCAAGUAGUUACGUCCACAAGAGAGGGCAUUGGAGGCGGGGGAGCGGCCCCUACGGGUAAAAAGAACCGAGGCAGAGCAAACUUAAAAACAGUGAAGGCAGCUGCUAGAAGAGGAAGUCACAGUAAGGGUAACAGUUCUGGCAAGACCGAGAAAAAGGUGGUAGGGGAUAAACGGAAACUGGGACUGCAGUUGAUUGAUGAACCAGAAGAUGUAGUGAUGGAGGAACUUUGCUUGAAGAAGGUCAAACUUCAGUUAGCUGGUCCUACUCAUGAGCUUGUUUUGGCGGAGACUGCUGAGCAGUCCCGCUGCCCAUUAUGA